AAAAAUCGAACUAUUCUAAAAAUUCACAUUCCUAUAUAUGAGUGUUUGGCGAGUUUUCAUAGCACCGAUCACAUACCCUUUUCAUCGCCUUCUCUUUAGUUUUUAUCUUUUUCCAUUAAUUCCUCUAUUUAUUUCUUUCAUCUCAUAAAACUCUCUCAGUUCUCCUCCACCGUGCACUUGUUAAUUGAUUGACACGGGAACAGUAGCCGUUCUUGAUUUGAGGCUGGAAUUAUUUAAGCAAUUUAUUCGAAAAGAAACAUUCUUGAAAAUACCCUAGAGCCUUUUUUCUCUCUUUUUUUUUUGCAGUUCCUUUAAUAUCCCGUUUUUGGCUCUACCGCGUUCGAGGUGCUGAGUCUCAUCUUCUUUUGCGUUGAAUCUUUAAUCUUUGUAAGGCUCCAUUUACUCUCAAAGAUUUAUUGUUUUGUAUUGAGCAAAGUCAUAGUAUAGUAGCAACCAUUUCGAAGGUUUCAUAACUAUUGAAAAUCACGUUGUUUACUUGUUUUUAGAAAGCUAAGAGAUACCAAUUCGAACGCUGGAUCGUUUGAUUUGUAAUACAGUUGACUUGUCUUGUUUUCAACAUUGCAUACCUUCAUAGAUUACAGUCUUAACAUUCGUUUCUUUUUCUUUUUCUUUUCUUGUUUUAGAAAACCUUUUCCUUUCAUUCCCUUGCUAUUUCUCCGAUAUCGAUUGAGCCUAGAAAGCAUAGAAAAAAUAUACAGGCUGUAAAUUAUGAAGACAACAGAUAUUAUUGGACUCGGUAUCGCUUUAAUUAUCACUUUUGGAUACUUCGCAUACAAUUUUUUCUCCAGUCGGACCAAGCACGUUGAAAAAGAAGUGGUUUCUUCCAAUAAUGGUGUUUUUGAAAAAAUAGAAGAGGAAAACUUGAACGCUAUGGUACUUUUCGGUUCCCAAACUGGUACCGCUGAAGAUUUCGCUUACCGUUUUUCAACGGAAGCCAAGUCCAAGUACAAGUUUGCCAACUCUACCGAAGACUUGGAUGACUUUGACUUUACUGACAUGGAUAAGCUUGACCCCUCCAAGCUUUUGGUUUUUUUCUUAGCUACCUAUGGUGAAGGUGAACCAACCGACAAUGCUGAAAGUUUCAUAGAACUAAUUGAGAGCGAAGAUACGAUUUUCUCCAGCGGAAAUGGGGUUGAAGACCGCCCCUUAGCAAACGUACGGUAUGCUAUUUUUGGUUUAGGAAAUCAUACCUAUGAACAUUACAAUGCCAUGGCUAAGCGAGUUGAUUCUGCUAUGAACGCUUUGGGGGCUCAACGUAUAGGACCUAUAGGUUUGGGUGACGAUGCCGCCGGCUUAUUAGAAGAGGACUAUUUACAAUGGAAAGACGAAGUAUUCCCUGAAAUUGCUAAGGUUUACAAUCUCAAAGAAGUACGUGAAGAGUAUAAACCCUUGUACGAUGUUAUCGAAAAACCUGAUAUAUCCAGUGAAAGCCCAACCGUUUUCCUCGGUGAGUCUAGUCGUCAGCAGCUCAAGGGAAUCGUUUCAAAAGCACCUCCUUCUCCGGCAAAUCCUUUUAAUUCCACUCCUGUUGUUUCUCGCGAGUUAUUCAAAAACGAUACCCGUAACUGUCUUCAUCUGGAAUUGGAUAUCUCCGGUUCAAACAUGAAAUACCAAACAGGUGACUACGUUUCGAUUUGUCCUAUGAACCCAUCUCAAGCUGUCGAUGAACUUUUGGAUAUUCUUGGUUUGAAGGAUAAGAGGAACAUGGUAGUUAUUGUGAAACCUUUUAAUCCGCUAGAUAAGCUACCUAUUUUGAGUCCGACAACUUAUGAUGCCGUAUUUCGCUAUUACUUUGAAAUCUGUGGUAUAAUUUCCCGUCAAUUGAUCUUUUUAAUUGCUCCUUUUGCUCCUACAGAUGAAGCCAAGAAUGAGCUGACUAAACUUGGAAGCGAUAAGGAUUACUUCAAAGCAAACGUUGCUGACAUGCAUUUGAAUUUAGCACAGGUACUUCGUCGCGUUUCCUCCGGUAUUCCUUAUACGAAGCUUCCAUUCUCUUUGCUUUUGGAAAACCUUGGUCAUUUAAAACCCAGGUAUUAUUCCAUUUCGUCGAGUAGCUUGUCUUGCCCUGAUAAGGUCCAUGUAACAGCUGUUGUUGACAGAAAAGAAUGGGUUGAUCAAAAUCAUAUUUUUUAUGGUUUGACUACUAAUUACCUGCUUGCUCAUUGCCUUCAUCAAAAUGGAGAAUUAACUCCUCAUCCUAAUAAUUUGCAAUAUACUUUGGAAGGUCCUCGUCAAAAAUUAACUGGUAAAAUCCCGAUGUUCAUAAAGAGGUCCACAUUUCACUUAGCACCUCCUGAAGUCCCUAUCAUCAUGGUAGGGCCAGGCACGGGCAUCGCCCCCUUCCGUGGUUUUGUUAUGGAACGUGCUCAUUUGGCUUCUCAGGGAGUGAAGGUUGCAAAGACAAUUUUAUUUUACGGUUGUCGACGAUCGGAUACUGAUUUCUUGUACAAAGAAGAAUGGGAUACAUACAAAAAUUUGAUGAAAGACUCGUUUGAAUUAUACACCGCAUUUUCCCGUGAGCAGGAUCAGAAGCUUUAUGUGCAGCAUCGGCUUCUUCAGCAAUCUGCCCUUGUUAAUGAAUUAAUAAGUGCUGGCGCUUGGUUUUACAUUUGUGGUGAUGCUGAGCGCAUGGCCAAGGACGUUACAAAUGCUUUGGCUACGAUACUUACCACGGUAGAAGAGGACGGGGCUAAGCGUAUAAAAAGCCUUCGUGAUGAAAAUCGGUUUCUUGAAGAUACCUGGUAAUGUAUUUAUGUCAUUGUCAAUGUUAGAAUGUUCGUUUCGAAAGAAUGGCUAUAGAACAAAAUCUGUAAAGGCAAACAGUUGUUCAAUGAUUGUUUAAUCAAUGUAGAUGUAAUAAAAAUCUAAUGUGUUCGGAAACUUAUAAGUAUACCAACCUCAUAGAAAUUGGAGGGUAGACAAUUUUAUUCAUCAGAUACAAUAUUCUCAG